UCCUUCUCCUUCUUCCUCCUCUGUCCGAACACAUCAUAACGCCACUCUCUCUCUCUCUCUCUCUCUUCUGUGAAAAGGGAAAGAUGGAGAAGAAGAAGAAUUUGCCGGCGGUGGUCUGGUGGAUGAGGAGGCAGACCAUGAAGGUGAAGGUGUUAUUGGUGGCGAGCCUCAUGGUGGCAUGCUUGGUGGCCCUGAAGCUCACGGUGAAGAACCACGCCUACUUCUUCGUCGCCUCCGAGCUCAGCCAUGCGGUCGGGCUUCUCGUGCUCGGGUACAAGCUCAUCAGGCAGAGGACUUGCUCUGGCCUGUCUCUAAAGACUCAAGAGCUCACGGCCAUCUUCCUCGUGGCAAGAUUCAUCUCGAGUACCAUCACCGAAAAGAACAUCCAUACCGUGUUGGAUCUCACAACUCUCGCAUCAACCGCAUGGGUCAUCUACAUGAUGCGAGUCAAGUUGAAAGCAACUUAUGCAAAGGAUCUAGACAAUUUUCCUAUAUAUUACGUGGUGGUGCCUUCCAUCGUCCUCGCCGUCCUGGUUCAUCCUUACGUUCCCAACGCUCGCCACAUCGAGAUCCUAUUUGCAUUUUGCGUUUAUGCAGAAGCUUUGUCCGUGCUGCCUCAGCUUCGGCUAAUGCAGAAUAUGAAGAUGAUCGAGCCGUUCACGGCCCACUACGUUUUCGCUCUGGGGGUUGCGAGAUUCAUGGCCUGGGCUCAUUGGAUCAUUCAGACUAUCGACACCCGGGGGGCGUAUUUUUACAUGAUUGGGAGCGGCUCGCUCUGGUUCCCGGCGAUCUUCCUCGCCGAAGUCGUGCAGUCCUUCAUCUUGGUGGAUUUUUGCUACUACUACAUCAAGAGUAUUAUGGGAGGCCAACUGGUGAUGACCAUGCCAGUCUAGACAUUUCGGGUGGCUCAGGCUUUUAUACUUUGAUCUUGAGAGAGGCAAUUUCUUUCUUUUUUUCUCUUGACCAAGUGAGACUUUUAGCUGCUUCUUCACUGUACUCCAUGUCCAAAACUAGAUUUCCAGAAUCGAUUGACCUGACUAUGUACUUUUUUUUUUUUAGACUUAAGAGUUACUGC